AUGAGCGACGAAGCAGAAGACCCGCGACAAGAAUCGGAAGUCGAAAUUGUCACUUGCGCGGAAGAGUUGCCGCACCUCGACCUGCAGGAAUACAUCUACGAUGGUGCACGACAGUUAUAUCAUGACCUGCCCCCCGGAAGAUCGAAUCACAUCGUCGUCGUCACGAAUGCUCUUGGAAAGCAUGCCGAGUUACUGCUAGCAAACGAAUUGGAACUUCAAAAUAUCCAAGUCGUGGGCGCUAAUAUUCCAUUCGAUGCACAUGAUUCCCCGACUACUGGAUCAAAUUCCCACCGAGGGGAUCGAGAGGCGAUGGAUAGAUUGUUGAUAGAGUGCAAACGACUUCUCGAAGAGCGAUCUUCACAGCAGACUAUCCCGUCACCAUCACUCCCAGAACUCCGAGCACAGAUCCUCGCAAAUGCACGUCAAUGCUUCCCGAAUAUCGUUCAAGACUACACCACCGGUCGUAUCACCGAGACAGUUAUGGGGCGAGACAGCAAGUACAGGCCUAUAUCUCGACAGGUCCCGCUCAUCAUCCCAGAAUCUGAAAUCUUCGACAUUGCCAUCACACAAGGUCUCGAGAGUUCUUUACAAGCCAGCUUAGUCUAUGGACGUCUCGAGGAUCUCAAAUUCGCAAUGCAAGGAGGAGGAAAGAAGACGUAUUAUGGGGCCAUGGGAGCUUUACUGGAAGCGACAGUGCAGCGGCUGGUUAACUUAAGGGAGAGCGCACCGGCGAAGGGAACUUCCAGUCGUAACGACUCGCCUAUGAGCGGAUUGUGUCUGCCGAAGCAAUGA